UUUCUCUCGACAAGCCGCAGUCGAAGGACACUGGAGUAGUUACAUGAACGUGUGUCACUCUUUCUCUCUGUUGUUCUUAUACAUAGAAGUUACUGCUCGGUCUUGAAAACACGCCAACAAAUACUUUUAGGAAACAGACAAACUACUUUGUCCGGGCUGUUCGCUGAGAGUAACGGUGUUUCAAACCUCUCAUGGGUGCAGCGGGUCGGUGAGAGCAGGCAGAAUGUCCUCGGAGGCUGCGGUCUCCUCCAUCAGCAGCGCCCCGGCCCAGACGGACUACUACUGGCUGCGAUCCUUCCUAGCUGGAGGUGUGGCAGGAUGCUGUGCCAAGACUACGAUUGCUCCUCUGGACCGGGUCAAGAUCCUCCUCCAGGCCCAAAACCCGCAUUACAAACACCUUGGUGUUUUUUCCACUCUAAAAGCUGUGCCAAAGAAAGAAGGCUACCUCGGCCUGUAUAAAGGCAAUGGUGCUAUGAUGGUUCGGAUAUUCCCCUAUGGAGCCAUCCAGUUCAUGGCCUUUGACAACUAUAAAAAGGUGUUAAGUAAACGUUUGGGAAUCUCGGGACACAUCCACCGACUAAUGGCAGGAUCUAUGGCAGGCAUGACUGCCGUGAUUUGCACCUACCCUCUGGACAUGGUCCGAGCCCGGCUGGCCUUCCAGGUGACAGGGGAGCACCGCUACAGCGGCAUCGCUAACGCCUUCCACACCAUCUAUCUGAAAGAGGGAGGACUCAAGGGGUUCUACAGAGGACUGACUCCCACUCUCAUUGGAAUGGCACCUUACGCAGGCUUUUCUUUUUUCACCUUUGGAACACUCAAAAGCCUUGGCUUGAAGCAUUUCCCGGAAAAUCUGGGUCGCCCCUCCUCUGACAACCCUGACGUUCUUGUCCUUAAAACCUACGUCAACUUGCUUUGUGGAGGGGUUGCAGGUGCCAUCGCCCAGACCAUAUCGUAUCCCUUGGACGUCGCUCGGAGGAGGAUGCAGCUGGGAGCCAUUCUGCCAGACUCUGAGAAGUGUGUGUCCCUGAGCAAGACCCUGGCAUAUGUUUACAAAGAGUACGGUGUCAAAAAGGGACUGUACCGCGGCCUCUCUCUGAACUACAUUCGCUGUGUGCCCUCUCAAGCUGUGGCCUUCACCACCUACGAGUUCAUGAAGCAGGUGCUCCACCUCAACUAGGCCCCGGCCUCAGCAGAAAGCAGAUAGAGGAAGUCAAAGACAGAAGCGGAAACUCUCCUCGGCCCCUUUCCCAUCAAGCAAAAACUUCCUGAUUUAAACUGCUGAGAAGUUCUGGGUUGUCGCCUCCCCGAGUUUGCGUUGUAUCAUGACGUACAACUUUCAAGUGUUUUUGUUUAAUCUCACUGUCCAAUGGCUGAAACCAUCAAACCAAUUCUGGAACCAGGAACAUCACUGCCUACUUUUUCAUCAUUUAUCAGACUGUUUCCACUGAAAUGUUUGGUCGUGUUGAAGCUUUAUUUACUGAUGGAUGAACGUGUCGAUGUGAAUCGAUUUUGAAAGGCAGACAAGCAAAUCAAUUCUUACUUUUUGUAUUUGCGUUUUUUAUUGUAUUCUAUUUAUUGAUCAUACUUGUUUUUGCCACUGGGUGGCAGCAUUAGACACAGUGCAGCGUCCGCCUUCAAAACCUGUUUUUAUGCACGUCUGAUUAAAUCUGAUCAGACAAAACGUCGUUUUUAUUUUUGUUUUUAUGCAGUUUUGGUCAAUGGUCAUUGCAGGGAUUUGUCUUUUAAACGACUGAUUUUGAUUAUUUUAGAAAUACUUUUUAGACCACUCACUUGUUGCUCCUGAUGUCCUCGAAAUCCAAUGCCUCCAGUUGUGGCGACUCACUCCACAAACAGAACUGUGUGGAAAAUGUUCAAGAUGUGUGUUUGUGCAAGAGGCGAGUCACAACUCACCUGCCCCUCACUUGGGACAUACAUCUGGGGGUCAAGCCUUUUCCUCCCUCAAGAGUUUGCAGUGCUGAGGAGUGAAGUGGGGAAGCCUCUCUGCGCAUCACGACUUCUCUCCAGCUGCUUUCUUAUUUGUGAUUCAGCUACAAGUUGUUGUCUUUGUAUGUCAGUGUAUCCAUAUAAACACCCGCUCUCUAGAUACAUGCUGACUAAGGCUUUCCUCUCACAAUAACUGAAAUGAUCUCAGGUCAUUCCGUUAUUGUGAGUAUGUCCUGUUUCGGUUGAACACAGCAAAUGUGACACAUGUGGAGAUGAGAACUGCCGACAGUUAGUUUAUGCUAUUCAUUUCCCAUUGUCUUAAGAUGUUUUCAGGGGAACAUUCAUGUGGCGUGUGACCCACUUGGCUCAUGGAAUUCAGGAAGAGUUUCAGAGAAUGAAAACCAUGUGUGACAGACUCACCGUUUUAUUAAAGGUUGCAUCUCUUUCUCGACUGUCGUGUAAUAUGCUUUCGAUUUAAAGCUGAUUUUGAAGUUGAAUAAAACAAACACACAGUUUCA